UAUGUUUCACAGUUCCCGUUGUGAGCGACUUUAGGCGGUCCAGCUGCAAGUACUAGUAAGUGUCUGUAAGUCUAACCAGGGGAAUCAUUACCACAUCCGGAAUUACAAUGGGUGCGGGACAGAAAGUAGUCAAAUGGCUGAUGCUCAUCUUCAACUUGAUCUUUUGGAUCUCGGGCAUCGGCCUCAUCAUCGCGGGCGCCGUGGCCCAGACAGUAUACAAGCCGUAUCUGGCCUUUCUGGAAAGCACAUACCUCUCCGCACCUGUCUUGCUCAUCGUGGUGGGCGCGGUGAUCACCAUCAUCGCCUUCUUCGGCUGCUGCGGCUCAGCGAAGGAGAACUACUGCAUGCUCAUCACCUUCGCGGUCCUCCUGGGCAUCAUCUUCUGCGUGGAGUUGGCCGGUGGCAUUGCCGGGUAUGUGGAACGCGGCCGCGUCGGUUCCUACCUGGAGUCGAAGAUGAGGACUUCCCUGGCGCGCUACAAUGCCAGCUUGGAUGAGAAGGCCUGGAAUGACACACAGACAACUUUGAAGUGCUGCGGUGUCGAUGAGUGGCAUGACUGGCUGAAUCGCAAUUCAUCGCGCGUCAACGGGACGAUCACGGGGCCAAAGGUGCCGGAGUCCUGCUGCAAGCAGCCCGCGUCGUGUGACACAUCCACGGUGAAUCUGCAGCAGAACUGUGUCCCGCCGGGUGACCACUGUCCCAUCUACCAGACCGGAUGCUACAAGCAGCUGCGUGAGCAGCUGGAGAGCAGCAUUGGGAUUAUUGGCGGUGUGGGUAUUGGCGUGGCGUUUAUUCAGAUUGUCGGGAUCGCCUUCGCGUGCUUCCUGGCACGACGCGUCAAGCGCGGAUACACGUAUGCUUAGUUAUACACGGAAUUGCUGAUUCAGUGACAUUGUAAUCUCCAAAGAUUUAAUUUGCGAUUUACUCAUAAAUUCAUAAUCAGAUAACUAUGCUGCAUAACUCAUUCAUCGCGCAUACUUUCCGUACAAAGGAUUCCAGUUCGACUUAGUCGUGUAAUGUGUUCUAUAUUAUUAUCUGAAAAGCGUUUGCUUUAUUUCUCUCCCAUUGGAUGAUAAUCUCUGUUUAGUAUGUAUCUCUUUGCAGUAGUAGUUUCACAUGCGAAACUCUAGAAAUAAGCAGUCUCUUAAUUUCUUCUCCGACAGGCGAAUGAAGCUCAUGCUUGUAAUUUGUGACAGGUUGUGCUUUUUUUAUUUGCCUGUACUCAGUGUACUGUCUUCAAGUGUCUGGUCACCGUCACUCUCGUGUAGUCACUGUUGUUGUCUGGAAGUUUAGUUCGGGCAUGUACAAUAAAAUUCAUGCAUAAG